GUCAGAGACCCCAGGGGGUGGGCCCCAUCCAGCUUACGCACUGAACUCAACAACAGAGUCAUCGUCCUUCUUCUCUUCUCUGCCAAAUCAAAGAAACCAGAGAAAGAGAAAGAGAGAGAGAGAGAGAGAGGGCACAAACACACACGCACACGCACACUCUUCUCAUCAAUUUCACUGGGGUGUGUAAGAGUGAGUGAGGAAACCGAUCUCAGUGGCUGAAAUUUCGCGUUAUAUUUGGGAGUGGUGGACUUUGUAACCAUCGGUACCCCAUUCUCCUCGUUCCACCGCAUAUUUCUCUCCAACCAACCAUCAUCAUGAUCUUGUUCCGUUUUCUAUCCUAAUUUAAUUCAUUCAUUCCCAUUCCCCCCCAAUUUCCCAUUCUUCCUUCGUCAUGACUGCAACUCCACUCAUUUCUGUUAAUCCCGACGAGCUCAGGUUCAAUUUUGAGCUUGAGAAGCAAACAUUUUGCGAUCUUAAGGUCCUCAACAACACGCAGAACUAUGUCGCUUUCAAGGUCAAAACCACAUCCCCUAAGAAGUACUUUGUACGACCAAACACCGGUGUUGUACAGCCCUGGGACUCAUGUAUCAUCAGAGUGACCCUCCAAGCCCAACGUGAAUUCCCUCCAGAUAUGCAAUGUAAAGACAAGUUUCUCUUACAGAGUACUAUAGUCAAUCCAAAUACUGAUGUUGAUGACCUUCCACCAGAUACUUUUAGUAAGGAUAGUGGUAAUUCAAUAGAGGAGUUGAAACUACGAGUUGCAUAUAUCACGCCUACCUCACCUGAUGGAAGCUCUGAAGAGGAUGGUUUGAAGAACUCCGCACAAAAACUUGAGCCAGGCUUUAGAGCAACUAAAAGAAGAAAGAGAUGUCGCUGCAAGACAAACGCGAAUGCUGCAACAGGAACUGGACAUGCUGAAAAGGCAAAGAAACCGAAGAGGUGGCGGCGAUCCUGGCUUUUCCUUCACUUUUGCUGUUUUUGUGGGUCUCCUUGGACUUUUGCUUGGCUUUCUUUUGAAACUUCUAUUCUCUUCACCAUCUUCAGAAUGAUUGACACUGUUAGAAACCUCUGCAUUCUGACUUUCCGCAUUGUUCAUUGUAGAAGUGUAAAGUUCUAUAUUCUUUUAAAUGAGAUGUAUUUUCCAAUUUGCUUCUUACCCUGCUACUGUCACUGGCAUAACACACACAUUGACAUGCAUAGAUAGAUAAGAGGAUGGGAUCUUGUUUCUUUAA